AUGUAUGCACCUGUAAUCUAUUUCACAGGUGUUGUAGCAUCUGAUGAUGAAGAUUUCCUGGCAAUUGGGUAUCUUGGAGAGAGCCUGGAUUCCAUGCGAGAUGAUCGCUCUGCCAGCAACUGGGUUGGGUCGUUCCGAGUAGGUAAAGAAGCAGUCAACGGGGUGGUGUGCUACUACACAUCCACCUCUCUCCAGCUAUCAUUGGGAGGAAUGGUGACUGGUGGAGUAAACCGAUCGGGGAUCUGGGAGGUUUAUGUAGUUGAUUUUCAGCAACAGCAAGCAGAUAUUUUAUUACAAGUUAGCAGACAGAAGUGUCAAAUGUGA